AUGUGUAUCGAGUUUCGAGGAUGCAGGUUUUCCGUGUUCUCAAUUUAUGAGAAGCUGUUUUUAAAUGCCAUACUGCCCUGGUCUCGAAUCGAACGAGAACUCUCGGUACGCGACUACUAUCAGUACGUCGACGUCGAGGAGCACGGCUUUCCCUUGCGCCGCCAGGUCUUGCCCGAUGGGCAUGGGAGUGAGCAAGCUAUCGCCUGUGUCGAACGGCAUAAGGAAGCCUUCGCCUCGCCCCUUGUCAAUGUCGUCGUUAUCGUCCGGUCGUGCAGUAGCUGGCAUAGACGAAUGUCCUCCCUCCCGCCGGUGUUGUCGCCGACGUCGUUGUCACUGCCCGUGCUGUCGACGACGACGGCGUCGGAUACGACUCACUCUAGUCUUUCUGGUUCUCUUUUACUACUCACCUCGAGUCCUCCCAUCCCCAGCUCGCAGAGCUCCAUCCCUCCCAGCUCAAGCUCUAGUUCAGAAAGUCUCAGCUCCUCGUCGAGUUCGUCAAGUUCGAGUUCGCCGUCGCUCACGACUUUGACCGAGUCAUCCACGUCCAUCUGGACUUCUGCUUCUGUAACAACCUCCAACGGACAAGUCUUCACCACUUUUAUCCAAGUCAGCACUGUUGUGGGCCCAGGCUCCGUGAUCACCAAUGGUUCUUCGCACAACAACAAAAGUUCAACGAAUGUCGGUGCUAUCGUAGGUGGUGUUGUUGGAGGUGUAGGAGGCCUCGCCCUCAUAGUCCUAAUCGUCUUCUUCCUUCUCCGAAGACGUCGGAACAAUCUAGACGACUUUGACGGGAACUUCGACCCAGCCCGUCUCCAGCACCACGGAGGCGGAGGCGGCGGUGGGACCCUCCCACAAGUCAACCUCGACGACGACCAACUCUUGAACGAAGACGACGGGAUGGGCGGGCGGUUGGCUGGGUCAACCAUCGGUGGGGGUAUCGUCACUCCCUUCACUUACAACCCCCAACAGCAGGAAAUGGCCAAUGCCUACCCUGCUGCAACUGCUUCCCCCCUUUUGGGAGCUGGCGUGGCGGGGUACGGAGCUUAUGGCCAACAGCAACAACAAGACCCUCGUGCUCUAUCACCUACACGCAGCGCCUUCCUCAAUCAGGGCCCAAGCACCGUUUCGGACCACUCCUCUUCACACGGCGUAUCGCCUUACGCACCACCCAUUGGACGCGGGCCGUCCCCUGGUCCGUCCGUCGCACGUACGAACACGACUAAUUCCAGCGGCGGGGCCGGUGGUAAUGCAGGUGUUGGUGCGGGGGCAGGAGCGUAUUAUAACAACCCACGAAGCGCGAAGGAGAUGGAGGCGUUGGGUAUGAGAGGGGGAGGAGCGCACGUUGUGAACCCUUCUCAAGAUGGGGAGUAUUCUCAGCACGCGGGGGUGGGUGAAGCGGCGCAUCAGGCGUACCUUGCUGGUGGACCUUCUUCUUCGAAUUAUGCUGCGGGUGGGAGGCCCGAGUCGGUGGUUGUUCAUAGGGAUGGAGGGAGGGUGCCUGUUAUUGGGGGGGAGGAGGAGGAACAUGUGGUUGAGGCGGAGAUUCCGCCUACUUAUGAUAGUUUGCCGGCGGAGGAGAGGAUGUAG